AUCGUUUGUGUUUGUUUCGGGCAAUAUGUUAGAAAAUUUUCGGUGAUUUUGCAUUAUAAAUUAAUAAAAUUUAAGCAAGUAAUGUGUGUGCACUAUGGAGGAAGAAACUGUAAAUAUUGAACAAGAGCUAGAUGAUCUAUUAACUAAAGUACAGCCGAAUUUGCAAGAUGUUAUUAAAAGAAGCUUCACCAACGUCGCGUUACAACAAACAAAAAAUGGUGAAACUGCAAAAUCAGACACAUUGGAAGACACCUCAUAUUUUGCUAAAAACACAGAAGUUAACUUAUCAAGACUGGAACUUGUUAAGUCUCCCACAUUCCACGUACAAGCCCUGUCAUUGGAUCUCAAGUCUAUGAAGCUUAGUUUACGAUGUUCACUUGGAGAAGUGAGUGUGAAGGGGCUUUACAGUGCAUUUAAUGAGAACCUCUACAACCUCAUACCGGUUAUGGCAGAGGGACAUGUUGUCAUUUCUCUAUCAAACCUAGUGGCUGAAGUGAAUGUUGGUCUUGUGAUAGAGGAAGAUGCCUACUCCUUCAUCAACCCUGGAAUUGAUUUUACUCAUGAUGAAGUACUAGUCAAGCUAUCAUGGCCGUCACCACAGAGAGGUGGAGGCUACGAAUUCACCACGACUGAACAGUUGGCGAAACACAUUGAUGAUCUCCCGCUUACCGCUGCUAUAUCAUUACCCCUCUUUUCAUUACUGCGUCAGAAGCUAGAAAUGUAUUUAGGGCAGGUCCUCAAACAAGCUACCAGUGUGUCAGAUGUGAUGUGCUGUAACCCCAGUAUGCUCGAGGCUUACAGUACAAUGGUGGAUAAUUUGGCGAUAAAUGGAAACAGAGUGGUCGACAUGAUUCUUAUAAACAUGCGCAGAACGCUAUUACAGACCUGUCAAGAGGUAUUAGAAUUGCCGCCGAUACAUGCAACAUUUAUGCACAAGAUAGGCUCCAUAUCGUUUGUUGGCAAGUUCGAGACGGAGGCAGGCUGGGUGAAGAACCUCGCCACCAUCAACCGGAUCAACGACGUUAGCGUUACACGUCCCGAUCCCAUGAAGACCAGCUUCCAUGUCACACUCAAGAUUAAAAACUUACAGAUAGGCUACGAGAGCUACCGCAUGCGGGCGAUGGGUGUGUCAUGCGGGGGCCGGCUCGCCGCGGCGAUAGAACAUAACGCGGUGCAUCUAGCUCUUACCGUAGGCCUGACGAGAUGGGAGCCGUACGCGCAGCUUGAUGAUUUGAGAGUGCAGAGGAUGGAGUGA